AUGGAGCAGUUCCACCACGGCCACCACGUGCGGCUGCGGAGCCGCGAGCUCGGCACGUACCUGCACGCCGACGGGGACGGGCAAGGCGUCUCCCUCCACCACCGCCGGGCGUCGAUGAACGCGGCUUGGGCGGUGCACUUGUACCAGCCCCCCCACGCGCGGGUGCCGUUCCUGCUCCUCCACAGCGCCGCCUACGGCCGGUACCUCGCCGCCACGGGCGCGCCGGCGCCGCUAGGCCACCGUGGGCACCGCGUGGAGCAGCGCAGCUACAACCAUCCUGAGGAGGAGGCAAUGUUUUGGCUGGCCGUACGGACGGAAUUCGGGGACGACGUCCUGCUCCAACACUUCAACGGCGGCAGCCUCCGCGCCAACGGGAAGUACCUCCCCUGGAACAACGGCGCCAGCGUCGGCUACAUCAACGGCAUCCACGACAUGAGCACGAUGAUGCACUGGGUCGUGGAGCCCAUCCUCGCCAGGGAGACCAUGCCUCCCCUUCCACGUUCGACUGGGCUUACCCUCCCCACCGCCACCAUGUUGCUAUCGCGGGAGAUCGUGUACAUUUGGCGGGACAUCCACGGGGACCCCAUCACCGCCGGCUGGCACAUGUUCAGGGGGAGAUCCGUCUUCCGCCUGAGGGAGGAGCUGGCCAGAAUGCCGUCCAAGUCUUGGGCGUCGCCGACCUCGUCAUCCCACGCGGCGCUGCGGUAUGCGGAUGUCGAUGCAGAGUAG